GACGAGAUCAGGACCGCAUUCCGAUCCGGGACCCGACGACGACGACGACGACGGCUACCUUGUCAGAGUUUUGGUCGAGCUCUCCGAGAAACGAACAACGCACCUGGAAGAACGGGUCUCUGCGCUCCCACGUUGUAUAUAGACACAACAUACCAGCCAAACAUUAUAUUAUUAUCGCCAUCAGACACCAUCCGCUCAAAUCGUCGCCGGCGCAGUCAUGUGCCGAGCAUCGUACCGUCAGCAUCCGAAAAUGGGCCCUAUGCCGAAGAACCACGGCAGCGCCAACAACAAUUCCUACGCCAACCGUCUCAACGUCUUGAAACAAGCUUUGAAACCGUACCGGGACAACAACGCCAACUGUCUGCGGCUGAUCACCAGGUCGGCCAGGGUGAACCUGAACAAGCACUGGAAGAGCCUGGAGAAUCUGUUCACGGCCGGACACGACCGCCGUCCGACAGACGAUGUCAAGGAACGCGCCCAGAACGCGGUCAACGAGAUGCUGGAGAACGGCGAGAACGCAAGACCCACGGAGGUGGCCUACUCCAAUCCGACGGCGGACGCGGUCGACAAAUUGCGACACUUGCACAUGGAGGACGACCGUUGACGACCCUCGACGACCGGGCACUUGGUUUGACGAUUAGGGGUGCGGGGGUCGAUGUGGGGGAGGGUAAUUCGUAAAUCGCUUACAGCAAACAUAAAAUAUAUUAUAAGUAAUAGUAUUUAUAUACAACAUUGUAGAAUCGUCAUAUUAUUAUGUAUACCACUUACACGUGUGUACCAGCUCAUGUCUUCCAUUGUUUUUUUUUUUUAAUAUCGUUAUAUUUUAUUUUAUAUUUUAUUUCUUAUAUUAAUAUUUUACUUAACACGCGCACCAUCACGUUAUAUUUAUACACUCACCAUUUCACGCACCGUUUUAGCACUUGUUUUAAUUCGCACGAUCGCACCGACACGCACCACACGCACGCACUUAUAUUAUGCACUUUUAAACGCACUCAAACACAUAAACAGCACUAUGAUAAUCAUUAAACAUAAUAUUUUAUGUUCACUUUAUUAAUAUAUUAUAAUAUCACAUUAUCACACUCGUUAUAUACACAAUAUGCACCACUAUAUACACAUCGCACAUUAUUAGAUUUUAAGGAAACACAUAUUAUUUAUUAAAUAAUUUUAUCGUCCGACAAAAGACACUGCAUCACAAGGCAGAAUGGUCCGGAUCGAUAUUAAUGUAUAUACAGCUGCACUUUAGACUAUUUUGUAUAUAAUAUUGUAUUUUAUUAGUUUUAAGUUUAUAUCGGGCAACACAUAUAUAUAUAUAUUUGCCACUACACAUCAGUUCAUUUUACCAAAAUGUUUAUGCCUAAUUCGCAUGUCUCACGACGUCGAUUAAAAAAAAUUAGAAAUUAAAAUUUAGAAUAUUAGAAUAUUUAUUUGUAAAUAUCAAAUCUGUGAUUGUAUCGGAUUAAGUUUUUAUUUUUAUAUUUCACUCGCUUUAAUGAUAAUAAUUAUUAUUUAUUACUAUCAUAUUAUUAUUAACGUCUCACACAUUAUUACAUAAAUUUCAUAAUUAUUGAGACGUGAAACAGUUUAGAUUAUUAAUCUAUAUAAUAUUAUAUUUUUUUUUAACUUUUUUUUUGUUAUUAUAUUUUUAAAAGAAUAUUUGCUCAAAAAGGAACAGAAUCCAUCCAUAUAUUUAGUUGUUAAGCAAAACGUAUUUUAAGAGAAAUAUUUGUGGCCACUGACGCCAACAAUAAUAUAAGAUCAAUAUAUAAAAACUAUUUAAAUAUAUUGUAAACAAUUAUGAGAAUAUCUCUUACGUGCCUAAUAUUACAAAUAUUUAUAAUGUAUAAUAUGAUUUUAUUACAAGAAUUGUUUUAAUUAUUAAUUCUGCGUUUUAUAUUUAUCAUUAUAUUUUGAUAUUUUUUAAUCAUUUAUGUUCAAAUGUUUUUAUUUUUUUAUGACAAAAAUAAAGUAUUCUGAAAAAAA